AUGUGCUUGUUAUAUUUUGUGAUUGGUCAUGACGAGCGACAGUCGAUUGCAAGGCGUAUUAGACUUUUGUAGUCUUCACUUGUCAAACACAAGAAACAAAGCACACAAAGAAUUCUUAUGGAAAGAAUUGACUAGUUGCAACAUCGUGUCAGAUCAUGAUCCUUUAUUAGGCUCUGGUGAUUCUCGUGCCGUACAAUAUUGGUUUGAGCAAGCUGGGGAACAAGACAAAAAUCACCUCUUGCAGUCAGUCAACAAGCAUUUAUCGAAUAAAACUUAUUUGGUUGGUGAAAGACUCACCGUGGCAGACAUAGCUAUGUACGUUUCCCUUUAUAGUCUUUUCGAACAAAAAUGGUCAGAGUCACAACGCCUCUUAUUUGCAGAUGCUUUACGUUGGUUUGAUUUGCUGCAAAACUCUCUUCCGAUAGGUCAGAAGUGGGAAAAGAUUGAUAUUGACUUCACAGUAUCUGAAGAGAAGCUGCAUCAGUUGUUGGAUAACAAGCUCCGAAUAGAAACUGAAAAACCAAAGGAGGAAGCUGUAGUUGCCCAUAAGAAGAACAAGGACAAAUUGGAAAAGGCUAAAAGUGCAACUAAUACAAAGGGUGGAUCAGAAGAGAAGAAUGAUGAACCUCUGAAGGAAGAGGCCGAAGAAGAUGUUUCAAGAUUGGAUAUUAGAGUGGGAAAAAUACUUUCAGCUAAACGACAUCCCGACGCAGAUACUUUAUAUAUUGAAGAAAUUGAUGUUGGUGAAGCCUCUCCGCGUACUGUUUGUUCGGGUUUGGUGAAAUUUAUUCCUGAUCCAGAGCAACUGCUCGGUUAUUGCAUCGUAUUGUGUAAUUUGAAGCCAGUCAAUAUGAGAGGCGUGAAGUCUGAAGCAAUGAUACUCUGUGCUACGAGUAAAGAUGGAACUACCGUGGAAUUGGUGAAACCACCUGAAGAUGUUCCAACUGGAGAACGAGUGACUUUUCCGGGUCAUGAUGGUGUGGCUGACUCAGUUUUGAAUCCGAAAAAGAAAAUAUUUGAAAAGGUGCAACCAUAUUUUGCAACUAACGAAGAAUGUAUUGCUGUCUGGAAGGAUAUUCCCUUUACUACUUCACAAGGUCCCUGUAAAGUGGCAAGUAUUCGAGGAGGAACUAUUCGUUGAAGAUUGAAACAAAUACUUUUUUCAGUGUCACAAAAGUCAAUAGUUUCUUCAGUUGUGUAAACUAUAGGAUUU